AUGACAUUUCCUACCUCAUGCCUAAGUCGUUACUUAGGUGCGCUCCUAUUGCUAUGCUGCAUCACUGGAUCCUUGAUAUACACCUCCAACCAAUACCGCUUUCAAGGCUUCCUCAGCAGUCAACACAUCACCUUUGAGCACUUCCCUGCCGUAUACGCAGAUAAGCUUCGCUCCAAAGAUUGGAAGGGCCUUGAACGAAGACAAUUCGAUUAUGUACGACACUUCCACRCAAACAGUUCACGAUCUUCCUCGGACACGAUCCCGCCAAAGAUUCACUUCAUCUGGUUCAAAGACCUCUACACUUCUCACCUAGAUAUCUCAAAGCUACCUUCACUUGGCUCACGGGCUCCCAGUCUGUGUCAGAAACACAAUCCGCUGUAUGCCAUAGAAGUGUGGAAUCAGACUGAAGGCCGAAAACUACUAGAAGAGCACUAUUCAUGGUUCCUCCCCACAUAUGACAGCUACAGGCACCCUAUCCAACGCAUCGACGCUCUCAAAUACUUCAUUCUCUGGCAUCAUGGCGGCGUGUAUAUGGACAUGGACAUUUCUUGUCGCCGGCCGCUAGAACCUCUUCUCGACUUCCCUGCGUGGUUCCCUGAAGCCUCGCCGCUGGGUUUGAAUAACGACUUGAUGGCUGCCCGGCCAGGACAUCCAGUGCUUGGACUCAUGUUGGAAAAUCUUGCCAAGCGAAAUCGGAACCUGAUCUUCCCCUAUCUAACUAUCUUCUGGAGCACGGGCCCACAGUUUACCAGCGACAUGCUGAAGAAGUGGUUUCUGACGCAUGGCUCGCAGCCCAAGGGCAAUAGUACGGGAGCAGACGACUGGUUCGUCCUACCAAAUCAGUUCUAUUCCGAGGAAUACACUUUCUUCGGCCAUAGUCCUGGCGGUACUUGGCAUGGAGAUGAUGUCGCCGUCGUGCUGUGGCUCGUCCAGCAUCCUUUAGUGUCCUGCUUACUUGCAAUCGUGGCGCUGAGCAGCUGUCUCGCGCCUGUGCUGUGGAGGAGAAGAAAGAGCCGGGAACGACUACAAAGAUCACGCGAUGGUGCCUUCAAAGCCUGA